CUUGGAGAUAUCUGCUCAUUCAUCAGCCAUAUCACAUGGAGUGAUUAGUAUGCCGAAUAAGCUUAGCCUGCCACUCACUUUCCGUCUCUCUCUCUGUCCGCCCACUCGUCCACUAAGUUUUUCUCCUACGCUUCCACAGCAACCAAGUUCCUGCUUACUCGGUUUCGGAGCUCGAAUCCUGAAAAUUUUGGGAGAAAAGGAAGAAGAUGCUGUCCAAAAUCUCAGUUACCCAGUUGAAAACAUCACCUGCUGUACCCGUUUCUGGAUUUUCAUGGCGUGGGAAUCGUCCUAGGCUUGGAUAUUGUGCCGGGAAUUCUUCAGAGCGUAACAAGUUGCGGUUCAGGAUUGUGGGGCAGUCUCUGGGGGAUAGGUGGAAGCUCAACGACGUUGAUGCAAAUGCCGUACAAGAAAAGUUGAAUUCAUGGCUAGUAAAGACGCAAAGCUUUUUAAAUGAAGUGGCGUCCACGUCUCCAUUGGCAAGAACUGGUCAGACUAAAAAGCCUGUCGCUACAGAUGCUUCAGAGACACAAGAUAUGGAGGACAUAUUUAUGGCAGAACAGACAUUUAAUAGCAGAACACCAAAUGGAAUUCUCUCUUUAGCUGCCGUUGUAUCUAUAGAGCAAUUUAGCAGGAUGAAUGGAUUGACGGGGCAGAAGAUGCAGAAAAUAUUUAAAGCACUUGUUCCUGAAUCUACAUACAAUGAUGCUCGCAAUUUGGUAGAAUAUUGCUGCUUCAGGUUUCUGUCAAGGGAUAAUUCUGAUAUUCAUCCUUCCCUCAAGGAACCUUCAUUCCAAAGACUUAUAUUUAUAACUAUGCUUGCAUGGGAGAAUCCUUAUCGAGAAGAUCUUGCUAAUGGUUCCGAGAAAGCUUCCUUUCAGAGAAAGCUUGUCAGAGAAGAGGCUUUUGUUCGAAUGGCUCCUGCUAUUUCUGGUGUGGCUGAUAGGUCAACAGCGCAUAAUCUAUUUAAGGCUCUUGCCGGUGAUGAACAGGGCAUCUCUCUGAGCACGUGGUUGACUUAUGUUGAUGAACUUCUCAAGAUUCACGAAGGAAGAAAAUCAUACCAGACUAGACAAAGUUCCAACCUUCCUGAGGAGAGAAUUUUAUGCAUUGGUUCCAGCAGGAAGCGGCCUGUCCUAAAAUGGGAGAACAACAUGGCAUGGCCAGGAAAAGUAACAUUAACUGAUAAAGCAAUUUAUUUUGAGGCCGUUGGCCUUGCUGGGCAAAAGGAUUCUAUAAGAUUGGAUCUUACAAAACAAGGAUUACAGAUUAAGAAAGCAAAAGUUGGACCUUUUGGUUCUGGUCUCUUCGACUCUGCCGUCUCUAUAUCGUAUGGUCCCGUAUCAGAAACAUGGGUGCUUGAAUUUGUGGACUUAGGUGGAGAAAUGAGGCGAGACGUGUGGCAUGCAUUUAUUAGAGAAAUUAAUGCUGUUCACAAGUUUAUCCGUGAUUAUGGACCGGAGGAAUUUGAUGAAUCCAUAUUUCAUGUUUAUGGUGCUCACAAAGGGAAGGAAAGAGCUAUGGCCACUGCCAUUAAUAGUAUAGCUAGACUACAGGCUCUUCAAUUUAUGGGGAAGUUGCUGGAUGAUCCCACCAAACAUGUUCAGUUUACAUAUUUACAGUAUGCACCAUUUGGUGAUGUAGUUUCACAGACUCUAGCAGUAAAUUAUUGGGGUGGACCACUGAUAUCAAAGUAUUUAGAGAUGGACAACCAGCCAGCUCAAGGAGCGAGGGCUUCUAAUGAAAUGAUUGAAAGCAGCAGCAAUCAUGUGUUUGACAUAGAUGGCAGUGUUUACUUGCACAAAUGGAAGAGAUCUCCAUGUUGGGCUUCAAGUGCUUCUGUUGCCUUUUGGAAGAACACUUCAACAAGACAGGGGCUAGUUCUAAGUAAAAAUCUGGUUGUUGCUGAUGUGUCCCUUGUUGAAAGGGCAACAAGAACAUGCAAACAAAAAUGGCAGGAAGCUGAAACAACUCAAGCCACAAUUGAUGCUGCAACGCUUAAGGGAAUACCAAGUAACAUUGAUCUAUUCAAGGAACUUCUGUUUCCCCUGACCAUAACUGUGAGAAAUUUUGAAAAACUUAGGCGCUGGGAGGAGCCAUAUUUGACCAUUUCUUUUCUUGCCUUUGCAUAUACAGUCAUUUUCAGGAAUUUGCUGUCAUAUGUAUUCCCAGCGGCAUUGAUAAUUUUGGCAGCUGUCAUGCUGACAUUGAAGGGGCUAAAGGAGCAAGGCCGCCUUGGACGAUCAUUUGGAAAAAUUACCAUCCGUGACCAGCCUCCUUCAAAUACCAUUGAGAAAAUUAUAGCCGUAAAAGAUGCCAUGCGCGAUGUGGAAAGUUAUUUACAGAAUCUGAAUGUCACGCUUCUGAAAAUACAUACAGUUUUCCUUUCUGGUCAGCCUCAGAUAACGACUGAGGUUGCGCUGGUGUUGUUAUCUUCUGCAACCAUUCUCCUCAUUUUCCCCUUCAAAUAUGUUCUUGCCUUUUUUAUCUUCGAUCUGUUCACACGGGAGCUUGAGUUCAGGAGGGAAAUGGUUAAAAGGUUUAUGAAACUCUUGAAGGAGCGUUGGGACAGAGUGCCUGCAGCCCCUGUAGUUGUUUUGCCUUUUGGAAGUGAAGAGCCAACACCAAAACCGAAUACAAAGGCAAGCAAGGAUCCAGAAAGGUCAGAAAGAAGCCUUGGCAGCAGCAAUUCUGUAUAGAUUCUUGUAGGCGUAUAUGUGGCAGUUUCACAAAUUAAAUCUUAUACUAGCUCAGUUCUGAGAAAAAAAAACACGACUAGAGUUUUCUCGUUACAUUAUUUGUACAGAAAUUGAACCGAGCGCAAUGACAUCUAAGAUUCAUACAGCCGACCCCACUUAGUGGGAUAAGGCUUUGUUGUUGUUGUUGUUGUUGUAUUAUUAUUGUACAAAAAUUGGAAACCAUUUAGUGCCAAUGUAUUUCUUAUUCACUCA